AUGCCUUACAUCCGCCUACGUGUCCACAACACCUACCGCCAGCUCUAUGACCGACGCGUUCGCGAGCCUCGCGCGCCCCUUCCCAGCAUCGCGGCUCUGAUUCCACAAGAAGUCCUCCAAGAGCCACACCCGCCACGGCCGUCCUUGACCCAACCAACGGACUACGCACCCCAGGAGGUCCCAACCCUUGAGCAGAUGCCUUUCCGACCGAACUACAAGGCCGUCAUGGCCUGGACUCUCACCGACACCACGCUGAUCCUCGUCGUCUUCGCAAUCGGCAUCCUAUUCGGACUACUCUUCCCUCCUGACCCUGACGAGGACGAUGAUGACGAUCUCGCGAUUCCCCCUCCACGCUGGGAGGAUGAGCUGACUCCCGCGGUCGCUGCUGCCAUCGAGCGCAACGCCGCUCAACGCGCUGCUCGCAACCAGCGCCUCGCCGAAGAGGGCUACGAGACCGACCGCGAGGACAACUGA